UAGUUAGUGAACAAAAUGCUGAGUCCUUGUCAGCGUUCUGCGCAGUUUGUACAAAAUGGAAGGCGGUGGGGCAUGAAUAAUUUGCCUCUUGGUCUUUCUGCUUCAUCUAAUCCACAAGGGAUGGAGCAGCUCAGUAGCAGGCUCGCUGCAGCUCCACUACAGCAACAGAAACAGAUGCUCGGCGAACGCCUAUUCCCAUUGGUCCAGAAACUCAAGGCAGAUAUGGCUGCUAAAAUAACGGGGAUGUUGUUGGAGAUGGAUAACUCCGAAUUGCUAUUGCUGUUGGAGUCGCCUGAUGCACUUUCUGCAAAGGUGGAAGAAGCUAUUCAAGUAUUGAAACUCUCCAAAACCCAGGUGAGUGGUCGUGUGCCUCUUCACCCUAACAAUUUCUUGCCUUCAGAGGUUUCCGUAAAUUGAGAGGGAUUCGUGAUUCUGAAAAUUACCAUUCUUUACGAAGUUUCUUUGUUAGUCUUAUGAUUUUUGGGCGAGAGAGUUCUCCUCCAUAUGGAUAUAGACAUAUAGUUUUAGAAUUUUCGCUUUGGUUUUUUCCUGAUCAAAUUUCUUUCUGGACUUUUUUUUUUGUUGGACCAAUUAUUUAGCGUUUUUACAAGUACCGUUGUAAUUUGAGUUCGCUCUACACAUAUUUUCCUUAAAUUGGAAGUUUAAUUUCUUCUUCUUCA